AUGACGCGUGGACCCCAAGCCGCAGCCGCCAUUCAAAGACGAGCAGUGGCUGGUUCCUUUCUCUUCAAGAUCCCAGGCGGCGACGAGAAACAGGCCCGGGUUGCGCUGUUCAGACGAAGCGCCAAAGUCCGCACAUACCAGCACAAGUUGGCACCCUUGUCUGGAAGCGUCGAGGCCGAGGAUGCCAGCCCCAUUGCCACGGCCUUGCGGGAGAUCCAAGAGGAGACCACUCUGACGCCCUCGUCACUCGAGUUGCUCCGGGUUGGGAAGCCCUACUCGUUCACCGAUGAAUCCGUCGGUCGCGAGUGGACAAUCAACCCCUUCGCCUUCCGUCUGAAGGAUCCCACAGAAGGCGGGAAGGGCGAGGCGGGCAUUACCCUCGACUGGGAGCAUGACGGUGUUGAGUGGUUCGAUCCGCUGCAGGUGAAAGAGUCGGACGAAUUCGGUGGCGUACCAAAGCUUGUCGACAGCCUGCGAAGAGUGUGGCCCGAGCACGAUCUCGGCUCCCAUGCUGGCAAGAUCCUGACCGAUGGCCUGCAAAAUCUGCGCAACGAUCAUGAGAGUGGCGCAAGACAGCUGGCCGCCUUUGCCAUCUCCAUUUUGAAGAACCUAGUCAACCACAUGGACUACUCUACGCCCGUCGGCGAGCUCUGGUGGGCUAGGGUACGGAUGGCCGCAUGGCACAUCUGCAAGUCCCGCGAGAGUAUGGGUGCUGCUAUCACCAGCGCUGUCGUGAAAGCGCUCGAUAGGAUAGAAGCCAUAUAUCUUCUCCAAGACUUGUCUCCAGAGGACAAGGUUCGACGAAUGGUCGAAUCAAUGGAUAGCCAGUUGGCCGAAAGGCUUGCCACGACUGACCACAUAUGCGACUCCCUCGUUGAAUUCCUACGCCAGCACGUGCUCCACGGAACAAAUGCAAAGGAGACCCUAUCCGUCCUCACCCUUUCUUCCAGCUCCACCAUCUCGAGCUGCCUCCGGCGGACCGCUUCAGCCCUGGGCCUUUCCCUUGACCUACGCAUCCUAGAAUCUAGGCCUCUUUGUGAGGGUGUGACCCUUGCUUCGAACUUGCUUGAAGCAGCUCAAGAUGAGGCGGGAUCGCUCAUCUUGAUGCUCUACUCUGAUGCCUCCGCGGCUUCCGCUGCCAAAUCAAUUGACGUGGUUGUGCUUGGGGCAGACCGUGUGAGCACAGCUGGCGAUGUUAGUAAUAAGAUUGGGUCGCUUCCUGCCGUCCUCAGUGCGCGGCAUGUUGCGCCAAGCGCAAAGGUCGUCGUGCUGAGCGAAACAGACAAGAUCGCCAACCCUGGCCCGAUGGAUGACCAUGAAGCAGAGAACAAUCACCCAGCAGAGCUGAUGAAAGCUUGGAAAGGAGUUGUCAAAGGUGCCCAAGCGAUCGAAGAUGCCUUGCAAGAAGGGCAACCCGCUCGCAGCCACGGUCGUCGCGAAGUUGCUGUCAGGAACACGUACUUUGAAUGGGUUCCUGCUCGAUUUAUAGAUGGAUAUGCCACCGAAAUGGGCCUUUGGAACACCAGAGACAUAGAGGAGCAGUCUCGUUGGGUUGGCGGUGAGAUGAAUAGAUUUUUCAAGGACUUAUGA